AUGUGGUCUCCAGAGAGGCUAGAUCGCCGAGAAAUUCAGGAUGGACGCAUUUCGGACCAGGCGAAUAAUCCGGAUCACACAGAAAGCGAGAGUUCAAAGCGCCUCAAUUCAUUAUCCAUCUUGGAGGGUGUGAACUUGAACCAGGAUCCGGUCUAUCCAAAAGUGAAUACGAAUCUAAUAUGUGUUCGUGAUAGCACUUGGGAUAGCACAAAUAAAGUGUUGGAAAAGAUCUCAGAACUACGUUUGGUGAAGUUUUUUGGUUGCGUGGCAGACAGAUUCUACUUGAAAAUACUGGUUCACGAGUAUACGGCCUCGCACGCAGUUUCCGAGAGGCAAACAAUCAAAUCAAAGACGAUGGAAGACUCACGAAAAAUGCUCACACACAAACCGCAUACAGGACUCCCACAGGUUUGUGCAAUUGUGCCAUUUGGCAAAACGCGAUAUUCCCAGACAGUUUUCCGGAUGCAGUUGGGACUGUAG